GUGGGAAAUUGAGUUUUUUCUCAGUUUUUUUUUUAUCGCAUUCAUUACUUUCGAUCCUUUUCAUUGACUCAACAAAAUAUUGUAUAACAGUGACUAACAUUAAAAUAACCAGAAGCUCAAACUAGCAAAGUAUGAGCUCAUUUUAGGUUUUCCUAUCUUUUAAGACUUUUGGGUCACAUGACACUUUGUCAGCUGGGCAGGACGUUGCAAAAAUGGUGAUCUUCAGUGUCUAUGUGGUAAACAAGGCUGGAGGUUUAAUUUACCAAUAUGACAAUUAUGUCCCGAGGACGGAGGUUGAGAAGACAUUCAGCUAUCCUUUAGAUUUAGUGCUUAAACAUCACGAUGAAAAGGUCGUCGUAUCUUUUGGACAGCGGGACGGAAUCAGAGUGGGCCAUGCAUUGCUGUCCAUCAAUGGAGUCGAUGUGGUCGGAAAGAACACAGCUGAAGGAAAAGACAUCUUGGAAUACUUAAAGGAUCCCGCAAAUUAUCCAGUGUCUAUUCGCUUUGGACGGGCACGCCUGAGCUCCAAUGAGAAGCUGAUGCUAGCAUCUAUGUUCCACUCGUUGUUUGCUAUAGGCUCCCAGCUGUCCCCUGAAGUUGGCAGUUCAGGGAUCGAGAUGCUAGAAACGGACGUCUUCAAGCUCCACUGUUUCCAGACUUUGACAGGGAUAAAGUUCAUUGUGUUGGCAGAUCCUCGCCAGUCUGGUAUUGAUGCACUAUUGAGGAAAAUCUAUGAGAUUUAUUCAGAUUUUGCCCUCAAGAACCCAUUUUAUUCUCUGGAAAUGCCAAUCAGGUGUGAACUCUUUGAUCAGAAUCUGAAGAGUUCAUUGGAGAUUGCGGAGAAAGCUGGCAACUUUGGAGCUGGAUCCUGAACCAGAGAACACUAGACAGAAUGUGCUAUAAUUUCUAACCACAACAGAUUCACUGACUUCGUCUGACUGGGAUUAAAGCUCAGUUGGUGGAUUUUCAUUGUUUCUUUUUCCCCAUUUGGUAUUGGACUGGUAAUUAACACACUGUAAAUAUGUUUUGUAAAUACUUGAAGAUUAAAUUACAUACUGUAUGUAA